ACCACUUGCUCGGCAGCACCCGUCCGAGCUCGGACGAACUGAGAAGAUUGUCGUAAGGCAGCGUCAAAUAACCAGGCUCAGCAUCGUUCCGACAUGAAAGGGUGCCGAUACGGGGUUGUGCUUCUCGUCCUGUCGGCGUCAGCGCUGGCACAAAUAAGAGUGCCGCUGCGACGAAUGAGGUCCAUUCGAGAAACCUACGACGAAGUAGGCGCGCCCAUGACUUUUCUGGAAAGCAACAGCCACCUUGGAAGAUCACAAGAAAGCGAUGUCAUCGUGGAACACUUGACAAACUAUCUUGAUGCGCAGUACUACGGUGACAUCACGAUUGGCACCCCGCCGCAACGUUUCCGCAUUCUCUUUGACACCGGCUCCUCGGACCUAUGGGUUCCGGCCAGUAACUGCAUCGAGGGGGACCACUACUGCCCGCUGCACCAGCGGUAUGACGCAUCCCUCUCAAGCACCUACGUGGGCAACGGAACUCGAGUUCACCUGGCCUACGGCAGCGGGCCAGUUGCGGGUAGCAUCGGUGUCGACGUCGUGUCCAUUGGCGAGUGCCCUGUGCGAGACCAGAACUUCGUGCAGGUGGAUAACAGCCAGGACCGUGCCUUUGCAGCCGCCCAGUUCGAUGGCAUCCUGGGGCUCGCAUACCCGGCCUACUCUGUGUUUGGCGCUACGCCGGUCUUCGACAACAUGGUGGCCCAGGGCGUCGUGCACCGACCCCUGUUUUCUGUCUACCUGAACCGAGGCGCCGCGGCUGGUGAAGGUGGGGAGGUUUACUUCGGAGGCAUCGACGCCGACCACUACACGGGAGAGCUAGUCUACGUCCCCGUUUCCAAAAAGGGAUACUGGCAGGUUUCGGCUGACAGCAUAUCCGUUGGCGACAAUAAUUUCUGCCCCGGAGGCUGUCAAGUCAUGGUUGAUACGGGCUGCUCGACCAUCACCGGGCCCUCGGGUGACGUCAGGCGACUCAUGAAGAUUCUAGGUGCGACGCCUUACAUGAGGGAUCUGAACCAGGUUGAGUGCAGAAACACAAGCCUUCUGCCCGAUUUUACAAUAAAUAUUGGAGGCAAACCAUUGAUUCUGAAGGCAGAGGACUACAUAGUCAAGGUGAAACGCGACGACAGGAUCUCGUGCGUGGUCUACAUAAAGGGUUACGACUUCGGUGCCGGCCGCGGGCCACUCUGGAACCUGGGUGAUCCGUUCCUUGGCCGCUACUUCACCGUGUUCGACCGUGAAAACGACCGACUGGGAUUUGCCGAGGCACGCUGACUGCAUCGCGGCCAUAAAACGCCAGCGUCGCGCAGGCACCGAUCGAUCGAAAGUGGGUCGACGAAAUUUCAUGGAUCUUUUACUCCCACUAACGGACACCAUAAA